AUUUCUGGUGUUUGACGGUCUUUUUAAGAGCUGAGAGACUGCGACGCAUCCUGUGUAAUUUGAAGAUGAAGAAGAAGAAGAAAAAGGAGAAGAAAAAAAAACAGAGCAAUAAACAAAACCCUGAAAAUGAAACACUGCCAUGCAAAGAAAUUGUAGGGUUGAUGUGACAGUUUCAUUUUGUAACUAUUUGUACUGUGAAAUUACAAGAACUCUGAGCAGUGCAGAAUUUACAUCCACUGUCUGCUUAUGGUUAAACAGUAUUCAGGGUUCACAGGUUGUUUUUCCCUUAAUGUUUCCCAGUGUCACAGAAAUGUCCUUUUAUUUGCCUUCUAGAUGGAUCAUUAAAGAAUGGAUGACACAUCAGUCACUGACCUCACAGAGUCAACAUCCCGACAGUCAGCAAAAGUGGCUGAAUCUGAUUAAGCAGGAGGCAUCAAGCUGACAGACCCCGGCUGUGGAUUUACCUUCCUUUGGUUUAUGUAAAAUCUAAGAAGGAAACACAUGGAUGGAUUUUAUUGAGGAUAUUGGUUCCCAUCCACAUGCUGUGUUUUCUGGAGGAUAAGAACAACAGGUUACGCUCAAUCCACCACAGAGAGAUGUGGUCAACAGGGUCGCUUUUUUUCUCACACCUUCGGGACUCGAGAUUUAUCAUGAUGCUAUUUUCGUCCGUCGCCCUCCCAAAGUUCCCGGCCAACUGAUUCUGACUGUGACGACAUGUCUCUACCCAAGCGGAGGAGAAUCAGGACUUUUGCCGUGCUCUUUUGCAUUAUUACCUUCACGACGUUCCUGUUCAGUUACACUUUCCGAGACCCCUCGCUCUACUUCUUCAAGUACGCCUUUCACCUGUCGGACAACUUUUUCUCCAAAGGGCCAUGCGCCUGUCAGCAGUGCAUGACGGAGCUGGAGGACGACCCCUGGUUCGCUGAGCACUUCAAUCAGUCCGUCCACCCGCUGAUGACCAGAGAGAACAGCGUCCUCUCUGAUGACACCUUUAAAUGGUGGCAGUGGUUGCAGUCAGAGAGGCAGCCGGCCAACUUCAGUGAAGUGGUGGAGGAGCUGUUCCAAGUCAUCCCUGAUGAGGUGCUCUACAUGGACGCCAGCCCCGAGCGCUGCAGGUCCUGCGCUGUGGUGGGGAACUCUGGGAACCUUAAAGGGUCCCAGUACGGCAGCCUCAUCGACUCCAGUGAUUUCAUCAUAAGAAUGAACCAGGCUCCCACCAGUGGCUUUGAGGGGGAUGUGGGUGCCAGAACAACUCAUCAUGUCAUGUAUCCAGAGAGUGCCAUAGACUUGGACAACACCACCAGUCUGGUGCUGAUCCCCUUCAAGACUCUGGACCUGCAGUGGAUCAUUAGUGCUCUCACCACAGGCACCAUUAAACACACGUAUUUACCUGUCAUGUCCAGGAUAAGAGCAAACAAAGAUAAGGUGUUGAUUUACAGUCCCACAUUUUUCAAAUACGUGUACGAGUCUUGGCUCGAGGGUCACGGACGAUAUCCUUCAACCGGCUUCCUUAGCUUACUGCUCGCCAUCCACAUAUGUGACAAGGUCAGUGUGUUUGGAUUCGGGGCUGAUCAGUACGGAAACUGGCACCACUACUGGGAGGAAAACCAUUUGGCCGGAGCUUUCCGUCACACGGGAGUCCAUGAUGGAGAUUACGAAUAUAAUGUCACCCUGCUGCUGGCAGACAAGCACAAAAUCCGAAUGUUUAAAGGCAGAUGAUACCCAGCCCGUAUGUGCAGUGGGCUGAACCCCAAAUGAACCCGAGCAGCUCUUUUAAUGUUUAUUUUUCCUUCACCUCGCACCGGAAGAACCUUUUUCAUCGCCAUGAUUUCCAAGAACAUUUUACUUGUCUGUCCAGAUUUCUGUUCUUCACUGAAGCUACUGUUUGAGAAAUCAAACUUCUACUGACAAAGCAACAGUUUUUCUUUGUUCCCGGACACAGACCGCGACAAGACAGAAACAACCACUGCCACUUGUUUCAGGACGUUUUCAUAUUAGGUACAAUUGCUUUGCACCAUGCCUGAGUACCGUACCCGAAUACACUUGCGUAUCUGCACGCUGUGAUACAGUAGGUGGCGUUGUGCACCUAGUUGUUUUGCAAUCUGCCAAUAAACACAAAGAAGAAGGAGAAUACACUUGAGUUACUAAACUAAAGAACAUUUCUUUAUGUUGUCGCUCUGGUGUGGAAAGGCAGAAAAUACUCUCAAAUUAUUCCAUAAAUAUUGGACUUUUUGUGGUAAAUGGACUGCACUUAUUAUAGCGCCUUUCUCGUCUAAGAGACCACUCAAAGCGCUUUACAAUACUUGCCACAUUCACCCAUUUACUCACACCAAUACACACAGUCAUAGAACAGCCAUCAGGGGCAAUCUGCGGUCCAGUGUCUUGGCCUUACACAUCGACACAGCGACUGGAGGAGGCGGGGAUCGAACCGCUCACCUUCCGAUUAGUGGACGACUCGCUCCUCCUCCUAAAGUGUGUGUGCGCAGCGUCCCGUAGGGAUGUGUGUGUUUUUCGUCUGCACAAAUUUCAAACAAGCAUAUCCUUUCGGGGCCAGAUGGUAGUCAGAUGGUAAAUAAUAGUCCACGUCCGUGUUUUGGUUCAGUAGUUUUCACACAUGAUACGAACCAUGCCUCAGUGCACACGGGGACCGGGAAUGUUUAGUGGAUCCGUGCUUGGGUACGUUACAGUGUCAAAGCCCCGUCACUCAAAUAACGUCAUGGAGUGACCAGAGAAGAAGACGAGACAAUGGUCUGGUUGGCAAGCAUGCUAUACAUAAAAAGCUUUAGUAUGUGUACACUCUGUAUGUUCUUUUUUCUUUUAACUGGCGACCAUUGUGGCCACCUGAAGCUUUGUGCGUUAAUGGUCCCUCACACUGACAGCUGUAGUCAGACAAAGUGCCAUAAUUGCUGCAUUGAUGUAUAGACUUAGCGAAGGGGAUUUUUGUACAAAACUCAUCACUGUCAUUUAUGCAGAGAAAUAUAACCACUGUCUGCUGAUCUAAAAGGUGUAGGCUGCACUGAAAGCUUUUUACAGUAAGUGCAAAGCGACAGGCUUCACAACAAAACACAUCAUCGACUGUGCUGUAAAUAUCCCUUCAGUAUAAAUUCCCACCAAAUGGCAGUGACGGUGUCUUACAUUAUAAUAACGGCAUGUAUCAGAAAAAUCAGUUCUGCUUUCAUCACUCUGAUUCUGAAUCUCACCACAGAGCUACGCAUCUGUUUGACUGAAAGCUCAACAAGGCCAAGGGACACGUAAAAUCAAACCAAAACAAGCCUCAAAGAAUAUACACUCAGCGAGCAUUUUAUUAGGAACACCACCGUGUAGAUCCUCCCUUUGCUCUCAAAACAGCCUCAGUUCUCCGUGUCGUUGAUUUCACAAGAUGUUGGAAACUUUUCUUUGAGAUUCUGCUCCUCGUUGACAUGAUGGCGUCACGUCAUUUCUGUGGAUUUGUCGGCUGCACAUUCAUUCUGCCAAUCCCCUGUUCUACCACAUCCCGGAGGUUUUUCUGCUGGAUUCAGGUCUGGAGACCGGGGCGGCCGCUGGAGUACACGAUGAUUGAUUUGUAUUAAGGGCCCAAGGUGUGCCAAGAAAUCAUUCCCCACACCGUUACACCACCGCCUCCAGCCUGGACUAUUGACACAAGACGGGUUGGAUCUAUGGAUUCAUGCUGUUGACACCAAAUCCUGACCCCACCAUCUGCUGUCUCAGCAGAAAUCCACAUUCAUGCCCACUGCAGCCUCUGAUAAAUGUUCUUGGCUGACAGGAGUGAAACCCGAUGUGGUCGUCUGCUGUUGUAGUUGACAUGUUGUGCUUUUCUAAAAGCUCACCACAGUUGUAAAGAGUGAUUGUCUGAGUUACCAUAGACUUUAUGUCAGCUUUAACCACCUGGACAUUCCCCUCAUCAACAAGGCCUUUCUGUCCACGAACUGCCCAAAACAAAUGUCCAAAUACCUGAAAACUAAUCAGUCUUACAUGUACUUUGUGUUUCGCACUAAUUAACAAAUAGUCACAUUCUAAUAAGCUAAAUUAAGAUAGUAAACAUGGUAAACAAUUUACCAUAUAGAGUGCUGCAAGGAUGAUGUAAUUUUGUAGUUAGCAUCUCAUUUAGCCACUCGUCAGAAACCUUGUGUGUUAACUACAGACUUUAUUUCAGCCAUCUAACCAAAAACGCAUUUAAAAAAAAAAAAAACCCAUUGACUACGAGACGAGGGAACUGGAAGUGCUAAAAUGCAAACUAAUUUCCACAUUUUAGAAAUCAUUUUUGCAGUGCUUUAUUUAGCGUUGUCAGUUUGAGCAUGUUAGCAUGCUAACAUUAGCAUUUAGCUCAAAGACUCAUAGAGCUGCUAGCAUGUCUGUAUGAUGUAAACUCCCUCCAGGUUGUUAAAAUCAACAGAUCUCCUGAAAAAGUAGAGCGGACCUGACCACAGCUCGAAGGUAGCUCCUAUCCCUCAUUAACUAUGACCCGUUAGCUUUCAGUGUUACAGUGCAGCUGAGCCUGUGUCACUUUUAGCAUCAAAACUGUUCAAGAAAUCUAAGAUUGAAUAUCAGUGUUAUUCUCUUACCUGCAUGUCUCAUUCCAAACUGAGUUGUUUUGGGGUUGAUUUUUUUUUUUUUUUAAGUGUCUUGGCCUUAAAGGACUUUACUGAAGACCUGAACCAAGGUGUGGAUUAAGAGGACAGCCAUAGUGAAGUAAUCAAUGAGAUUUUCAUCACUCAGUGUGAAGAAAAAUGAUAGAAAGGUUUUAAAUGCUUGAGGUGUCACACAGACACCAGGUUCUUCAUCAAGUUGUGCACAGUCAUAAAUCAUGGACAGCUGACAUGACACAGCCUACACAGGGGUGCCUUAGCAUUAAAAUCCACAAUGUACUGCACACUUUUAAUGUACUCUGUGACAUGCAAGUGCCUUUAAUUGGAGUUUUUUAAGACUUAAUUUUACCAUUAAAUUUAACUGCAUUGUAAUUAUCUUUGUUAUUCCUUGAUUUGUCAGUAAACUUUACAAAUUUAUGUUAUUGUUGUGUAAACAGUGUAAAUUUGAAAGAACUAUAUGCAUGAUAGAUACAACAAUAUAGCCAUUUAAGAGAUUCUUGUUUGUGCCACAGAAGAAAAUGUUGGGUAUAUACAGUACAUGUAGGGUAGGUAUGUGAAAAACCUUUGGAUUAGCAGUGAGACACAGUGGCUUCGGAAAGUAUUCAGACCGCUUCUCUUUGUGCACACUUUAAUAUCUUGUAGAUUUAAUUUUAAAUAAAUAAAACUGCCAUUUUUUCCCCUCAAGCUUUCAAUCACGACAAAGUAGAAAAACAUGCUUUAGAAUUUGUCUGCAAAAUUUAUUAAAAAUCUAAAACUGAAUAAUGAAUCAAGGGUCUGAAUACUUUUGUAAAUGGCAGACUUCAAGUUGCAGUUUUAAUACAUUUUCAAAAAACUCUAAAAACAUGUUUUCACCUGGGUCACUGAGUGUAGACUGAUGGGUAAAAAUGGAAAUUGUUAUCCAUUUCCAAGUGAAGUGGUGUGAAUACUUUGUGAAGCCACUGUGUGUUUUUAUCCAGGCUUGAAAUUAUUAACUGCACUUGCUGAACUUGUAGAUGUUUGAAUUCUGUGUUUUAUUGCUUCAAGAAAACACAUAAGCACUUCUCCUGCCCUCACGUUUUCAUUGUCGCUGACAAAAUCUGUCGGAUCUGAAAUGCUGUAAGUGUUGUUUCAGAUCUGUCGGGAGCUGAGCUCGGCGGUGCUUCUCUAAAAGGCUAUGAUUUGCUCCAUGUGCCUUGUUCCAUAGUGGGACAUUUGCACUGUCAGUGUCGUCAGUGAUCUUUUACCUCUCUGUGUGAGAGCAGGCUGAUAGGAAGAGGAAAAACCACAGUAUUUGUUCACCUUGUAUGCAUAUCAGUUGCCACAUAAGACAAUAGUGAUGUGCAUUUGUUCUGCAGGGGACACUGUCACCUAGUGGACAAGAUCUCACGUAUCAGCAUUAACAUGGCUUGAUUGGUCCUUUCCAGGGACUGAUGUAAUGACUUAAAACUUUAGAAAUUGUAUUCAUUUUUAAAAUGUUUAAACCUAUUCACAAAACCUGCAACAUGCCUGAGAUGGAUUUGCUUUUACAUCCAGGUGAGGUCUACAGAACAAUAAUAAUAAUAAUAGUUAUAUAAAACCCAUUAAAGCAGCUCUGUCUGAAAAAUCACAUUUUUAUAUUCAUUGUAUAUUUUCUCCAGCCUGAAGAAGUCCAGGUCACUGGCUUGCUGCUUGGUACUUCUUGUGUGGGAGAGCUGGAUAAUGAAAACCUUGCAUUAUUCAGUAAUUCAGUUAUCUGUGGACUCCCACAAUACUGUAAAAUACAAUUGCGGCUUCUAUUUUUUUGCUGAAAUGUGUGAAAACAACAAGGAGGUUAAUAACUUAUAAAUAAUACAUUUCACAAGCUUUAUCCAAAUUUCGAGAUGGGAGUUUGUAAUUGAGAUGGGUAAGUAGAGCUUGCAUAGUGGGCGAAGUGAAAUGGCAUCCCAAAUCUAUUUCACAUGGAGGAUAUUACAAAUUGAUGACAGAUUAAAUGAAUUAAUCUUUAUUGCACUGGACAGAUGCAAAACAAGAUAAUUAUAAAUAAAAUAUGUCCCUCAUUUGCAGAGGAAUGCAUGAUGUUUCUGACGUACAUAGACACUAACUUUAUUCUAAAGAAUAUCCGCGGUCGACAACCUUGAACUUAUUUCUUCUUUUUCUACUAUUGGAAGGAUUCUGUUUUUCCCUUUUAUAGAUACUCAUUUCAUUUCCAUUAUUUCAGUUGUUUUCCUUUUUAAAGGAUGAAAUUGGGAACACGGCCAUUAGUCAGCUUUAAUUAGUGAGUGAGGGGGGUGUUCAUUCGAGUCAGUAAUAAGUUUGUUUAUUCUGCCAUUACAGACCACAAUGACUAAACCUAAUAAAAAUGAGUGAAUGCCA